AGGCACCGCCCUAAUGGCUCCCCGUGCGACGCUGCCAGGCGGCCGCUCCCUCCGGCUGACAGAAUGAUGCCGAUUCGGUCGAACGCGCGCGACGCCCACCACCAGCAUAGCCACGCCUACGCGGACCACGCGACCAAUCAGCACCAGCAUCACCAUCAGAGGGAGCACGCGUACUAUUGUUCGGCACCGCCUACUGCCUCGUCGAGGGAUGAAGACCGUUCUCCGCUGCCAGCGCCCCCUGUCCGCGAUUCGUCCAGUCUCAGGUCUGUCAAGUACGGUCCUGGACACGAGAAGUUCCCGUCCUGGCCCGUCCCUGCAGCCGCCGAUACCCCGCAGGCUUUACGAAACCAAAAUAAUGGCGGUUCACAUAGGUCCAAAUCGUGGACGGAUCACACCAAUUACCCAAAAGAAAAGGUUGUGACUUACACCAGACCCUACAUGAAAAGACAACACUCUGCCUAUACCCAACAGAAACUGAAGACUGUGAUGGAACGAUGCGAAAAGAUCCCGCAAGAGUCGUUCGAGUCGCGUUUGGUACCAUCGGCCCCCCCGCCACACCAUCUGUAUCUGCCCAUUAUGGACCCAGACGGGAAGCAGUUGGGCGAUGUGGAAUACAGCGCUCCCUCGCCUCCUGAACGGGAUCUUUCAACCAAACCAAGACUCACCAGGGCUGAUCUGGAGGAAUACGCUAGGACCUAUUGUCAAGGGGAGGAAGAGGAGACUAGGGCGAGGCUGACGGAAUCAGGGUUGAAAGAAUUCAUGCAGUACAGUCAGAAUUAUGAGGAAUCCAUUUUCUCCUCGAUCUCCUCCAAAAAUGGCUCAUCAAUUUUGAACCACAUGCACCAAAAGCAAACGUCCUACGCUCAGUCAGAGGGAUACCACUCGUACGUUUCCAGCACCGAUUCGACCUCCACACCGUUCCUGGAUCGAUUGAGAAGGGACAGCGAAGCCGUACCCAGGACACCGUCGUCUUGGGAUGAUCUCGAGCAAAUGUCAAGCACAGCUGAGCUGGAACCGACCUCCCGCAGCGGAGCUCCUGGAGGUAGCGCCAGUGCUGAAGGAGGGCGAGACAGCGUUGUCACUACCAGCUCUGGUAGCGCCACGUCUAGUGAAACGCUCAAGUGGCAUGGUAGCAUGAGCGAUGUUUCUUGUGCGGGCAGAGGAAACAGUUCAUCGAGCGGAACAACUCGCCAACUGAUAGCUCAUAGUGCUAGGGUUCAGACACCGCAUAGACAUCAUUCGGAAAGCGUUCUGUAUAUGACCGGGAGCGAAGAGGAAGCUAACUGGAAAGAAAGGGAAUCCAGGAUCAACAGGGAGAAUGCAAAGCUGAAAUUGUUCGCGGUGAACACUUACACUGUACAGCAACAGCAGAAAGAGCAGCAACAACAACAGCAUUCUGCUGGAAGAGAAAUGAUCGGACCUCAUGCUGGUAACAGAUCAUCAUUGUCGCUGCAAUCCGCUUUAUCUGUAGCAGACCGCAUCAGCGAGCUAGAAAAGCAGCAGAAAUACUCCUAUCUAGAUCCGGAGAAGAAACACAAGAUUCCAGAUCCUACGUUGAAGGCGAUCCAGAAAAAGGCGCUGCUGUCGUUCUACGAAAGGCACAACAACCCCAAUAACAAGAAUCACUGGCGAUCGGAAUCACAGUUAUCUCCUCAACAGCAACAUCGGCAGAGGCAGCAACAACAACAAAAUAGUGGACCUCAACCUCCUCCAAGGGUGAAAAUUCAGCUGCCUUCAAGGAGGGCCAGUUCCGCGUCUGACUACGCAUCAGGUACAAAUUCGAAGCGCAGCAGCCUCGCUUCUAGUCUAGAAACGAAUCAAACUCGGACGCUGCCCAGACACCAACACAGCAACUCUUGCAGCAGUUUGUCCGCAGACCUCCUUGGACCGGUCAUAGUGGGAGCAUCUAUAUCGGUGGAUGACUAUGUGCCAAAGAAACCACCGGAAAGGCCUCCGAAGAACCCGAAUCUCAGGAAUGCAUUUCCAGAUCUCUUUCAAGAACCACGCGUUCCAAGUAGAGUACCGAGCCCCGACUUGCCACCGCCGUCUCCUCCGCCAAUAGUAGAGGACGAGGUGAUCAACAACGAUGAGCCGUUACCCCCUCCACCGCCAGAAUGCAAACCUGAUUGGACGGACUUCAAGGAUCAUUUCAAGGACGCAACAACAAGCAACCAAACACCUGAACCUCAAAUACAAAAGGGAAACAGCAGCGAUAGCAAACUAGAUGCAGCACCUUUGCAACAAACUGUAGGCAUUCCAGAAAGAUCACCUCGACGUUCGUCCAUGCGAUCUUCAAUACGAUCCAAAUUCGGAGAGCACAUCUUUCAACAGGCUUACGCGUCAUCCGUCCAUGCUGAGAAACCGGCUACGACGAAGACGUUAGGUACUUCGAGCCAGCGCAGUUACCAAGAGUGCUCCACUACAAGCUACCCGAACAUCUCGAAAUAUGCGAUCGGUGGCGCUGUAGCUACUAGCCAAAAAGCUAAUAGAAUUUCGGAGCAGUUGAGGCCCGAACCACUUAACAGGGAGAACAAACUACUCCAAUCGCCGUCAAGCUUGCCAGCCCAAAGGGCAUCGAUUGCUGGCUCCCCUGUCAAGGAGGUGCCGCCUCCUCUUCAGCCUAGGCAGAUGAGGAUAAACCAGUCCAUGCGAGGAAGGGGACCCUACGAUCACAGAGCAGCGCUUGCGGCUACAGGCGGACACGAUCAGAGGUCAGCGUCAAUGUAA